CCGGGACCCCGAUCCAGCGCUGGCCCUGGCCACCUCAGCGCUCACCCCAGCGCCUCGCCUUCGAUGAAUGGGGCUCUCUUGGCGUCCCCAUCUUGCCGGAGCUCCCGCCGUCUCCGGACUGUCGGCCCGCGGGGCUGCUCAACGCUCCUCGGUCGCUUCAGGGAGUUCUCGGGCUUCAGCUCUCGGGUUUUCGAGGAAGGCGUCUCGGGGGAGAGAGUCGGCCUCCCACCGCCCGACCACAAGUUCUGAAGAGUCUUCCGGAGCCCGAAGUCACCGCUCCGACGGGCACAGGAACAGGGAUCGAGAGAGGAAUCGAGAAAGAGACCGUGACCGUGAACGAGACCGUGAGCGUGAGAGAAUCCGAGAAGAAGAUUGGGAGAGAGAACGUGAGCGAGAGCUAGAGCGAGAGAGGAACCGGGAGCGGGACCGCGACGGCGACGGCGACGGCGAGUUAGGAGCCGGAGAUCGAGGACGCCCCCAAGCCGGAGCAAGUUAUCACCGGAGGUUGUGAACUGCGGGAGAACCAGGGACCAUCUCGAUUCUGCCUUUGUGUUUCCAUCGAUUCAUACCAUCUUGCCACCCUCCUCACCCAUCACCGUCACCGCCAUCCUUCAAGGUUUUGGAUCGAUGCCAUUCUUUACCCCUUUCUCAGAGUAUACCCAUGGGGUUGGACCAGAUUGGCUGGAGGAGACGCUUGCUUCUCAACCCAGCAGGUACAGUCCUGAACUCCAAGACCCUUGAAGUCCAGAGGGAAAAACGAAAGAAGAGACAGCACUGGAAGCCUCUAAAACCAGGGGCCGAACAAGUACUCGUUAACAAACUGAUCAGCGGAGGUUCCAUUGUAAGUGCUGAGGCAGUAUGGGAUCAUGUCACCAUGGCCAACCGGGAGUUGGCGUUUAAGGCAGGCGACGUCAUCAAGGUCUUGGAUGCUUCCAACAAGGACUGGUGGUGGGGCCAGAUCGAUGAUGAGGAAGGAUGGUUUCCUGCCAGCUUUGUGAGGCUGUGGGUGAACCAGGAAGACGGUGUAGAGGAAGGCACCAGUGAGGUACAGAAUGGACAUCUGGACCCUAAUGCCGACUGCCUCUGCCUGGGCAGGUCACUGCAAAACCGGGACCAGAUGCGUGCCAAUGUCAUCAAUGAGAUCAUGAGCACUGAGCGUCACUAUAUCAAGCACCUCAAAGACAUAUGUGAGGGUUACUUGAAACAGUGCCGGAAGAGGCGGGAUAUGUUCAGUGAUGAGCAAUUGAAGGUGAUUUUUGGCAACAUUGAGGACAUCUAUCGAUUUCAGAUGGGCUUUGUGCGUGACUUGGAGAAACAGUACAAUAAUGAGGAUCCACACCUCAGCGAGAUUGGGCCCUGCUUCCUAGAGCAUCAAGACGGCUUUUGGAUCUAUUCAGAAUAUUGUAAUAACCACCUGGACGCAUGCAUGGAGCUCUCCAAGUUGAUGAAAGAUGGACGCUACCAGCACUUCUUUGAAGCUUGUCGCCUGCUGCAGCAGAUGAUUGACAUCGCCAUUGAUGGCUUCCUCCUGACCCCCGUGCAGAAAAUCUGCAAAUAUCCACUACAACUGGCAGAGCUCCUGAAGUACACGGCUCAGGACCACAGCGACUACAGGUAUGUUGCGGCGGCUCUCGCUGUCAUGAGGAAUGUGACCCAGCAGAUCAACGAGAGGAAGCGGCGACUGGAGAACAUUGACAAGAUUGCCCAAUGGCAGGCCUCGGUCUUGGACUGGGAGGGGGAGGACAUCCUGGACCGGAGCUCAGAGCUGAUCUACACUGGGGAGAUGUCCUGGAUAUACCAGCCGUACGGGCGCAACCAGCAGAGGGUCUUCUUCCUCUUUGACCACCAGCUGGUCCUCUGUAAAAAGGACCUGAUUCGGAGAGAUAUCCUUUACUACAAGGGCCGCAUUGACAUGGAUAAGUAUGAGGUGGUCGACAUUGAAGAUGGGCGCGAUGAUGACUUCAAUGUCAGUAUGAAAAAUGCCUUCAAGCUGCAUAACAAGGAGACCGAGGAGGUGCAUUUAUUCUUUGCCAAGAAACUGGAGGAGAAGCUUCGCUGGCUCCGGGCUUUCAGAGAAGAGAGAAAGAUGGUACAGGAAGAUGAAAAAAUAGGCUUUGAAAUUUCCGAGAACCAGAAAAGGCAGGCGGCCAUGACUGUCAGGAAAGUCAGUAAGCAAAAAGGUGCCAACUACUCCCGGGCUGUCCCUCCAGCUUACCCACCACCCCAGGACCCUGUGAAUCAGGGACAGUACUUGGUGACGGAUGGCAUCACUCAGUCCCAGGUCUUCGAGUUCUCAGAGCCCAAGCGAAGCCAGUCGCCCUUCUGGCAAAACUUCAGCAGGUUAACUCCCUUUAAAAAAUAGCGUCCAGUGGGAAAUGUCAGAUUUUAAGAAUAAAUAAAAUUAUAUUUCUAGUUGGACCUUUUUUCGGAGAAGCAUUGUUGCAAUUAAUAUUUACAUGCAUACACACACACACACACACACACACACACACACACACACACACACACACUCACCCCCUGCGUAUGUAUAUAUGGAGAGAGCGAGAUAGAGAGAGUGAGAGAGAGAGAAAGAUGUACCGAAGGACCAAAAAUGAGUUUUCCCAUCGUUGGGGGAACAAGAAAACCUGUUAGUAGAUAGGAAGAUGUACCAAUGAUUUCUAACCAUGUGAUCCCACCUUGCCUUUUUUCUGUUCUCUCACUCUCUUCCUUUAACUUAAAAAAACAAACAACAACAAGAACAAAAAAAAAAAAAAAAAAAAAAAACACCUUGCCUUUUCUUGUGUCCCCCAAAUGACUUUCUGGUUACCCUGUGGUUAAUUCGCUGAUCUGUCUUUUACAAUCAUGAAUGUUCUUGUGUUUUGAUUUUUUUAAAGACAUAAAUGAUGAUGAUUUUCUUUGCUGUAGUUGGGUUUAGGGGAUGGGGUUGGAUAGUCUCCCCCCUUCUCACCUUUUAAUUUGUCUUUUGAACCGGAAAGCGUGGGGGGCGGGGGUCAACCCCUUUCCUUCUCCCUCUGCCUCUGGCAAAUAUUUCUGAAGACUCACCCACCCCCCAAACAAUAUUUCUCCCAGCAUCCUCUGUUCUCAAUUGUGCUAGUCAGGAUGUGCUCUAUUGUGCCCUGUUGCAUUCCACUAGGUAUUUCUAUUGCUUUUACUAUUUUCUAUGUGUUUGGGGGGAGGGGGGAGGGUUGUCCCACCAAAACUGGGGGAACAUCAGGGUUUUCUGAUCUGGGAGAUGCUUCCUAUCAAAUUGGCUUCUGUGCAUCUUUGAUUCCCCUCUCUGGGCUUGCUGGGUGACCCCAGGAUGUUGCAGAUGGAGAAGGUACUGGGGAAUGGGGUGGGGUCAGUCCUCCUUUGGCCCCUUGUCUUCUUCUUUGGGCAAACUGGUUUGGUUGUAGGAUACUUUCCAGCCCUACCGAGUGCAAAAUCUUUUUUUCCAUAAGGUUUCUAGGCUCUGCCCUCCGGGGGCACGGCUGUGGAUUGUGUGGCUUCGGCUCCUCCUUCAGCCUAGUUAAGAAGGCUGAUGUCUGCUGUUAGACUGAGGAAAGGGUCCAGUUGUGACUUCCCCCCCAUUUGUGGGCUGUGGGGGGGGCAGCUCUAGGCCCUUUGGGAGGCUACCCUGGUUACCCUACCCCACUGGGCAGGGACAACCAAUGACUUCUCGGCAUCUAGCCUGAUGCUCACUGUCCUGGGAAGGGCCCGAGAUGAAAAGUUGCCAGUUGAGAAAGAUCAGAAACCUAUCUGGACAGAGUAGAGGCCUUGGCCAAACAAAUUGAUUGCAAUAACCCAUGUGGAGGGAGAGGAGCUGCAAAUGUACACCUUCUCCUCCCUCCUUCCCCUCCCUCGCUUUCUUUUUUUCCUUCUCUCUGCCUGCUCUCUCCUCUCCUCUCUCCCUCUAUUUUAUUUCCCUUUCCUUUUCUCUCUCCCACCAAUAUCCCUUUCUCUUUCGGGAAGUUUCCAUCAGCUAACAUAGUGAGUCUUUACUGAGCACCUGUGUGCCCAAGCCUGUGCUGAGCAUUCAGGAAAACUGAGGCAAAUAAGAUCUGGUCUGUGUCCUCGGGGGACUUCCAAUGUAGUUGGUGGAGGAGGAGAGAGAACAGGAAGGGUCCUAUUAGAUUCUGGGCCAGAGGAAGAGGAAGACCAUGGUCUAUGCUGGUCUGGGAGGUCAGGAACAGAUAGAUGCCUGACUUGGCUUCAUUGGUAGAGUUCUUUCCGUUUGGGAGAACCCGGGUUCUCUUGCCGUAGUUUUCCCACUGGGAAUGCAGCAGGACAUUGUAAGCCAGUAGUCAAGAUGUUGGGAAGUGGGAAGACCACACCACAAGGUAGUGUUACCAAGGCUGAGAAGGAAGUUUCCCAAGCUCCAUGGUAGCUAAGAGGGAAACGUGAGGUUUUGAUCUGGAGUGAACCUUGAUUGUCCCUCUCCCUUCUGCGUUUUACAGAGGGGGAAACUGAAGCCCAGAGAGUGCCAAAGGUCACCAAUCACAAUUGGUAGUCAGGAUUUGAACCAGGAAUUAGCCUGCUACACAAUAGCGAAGUUAGAGCUGGCAGAGCUUCCCUGGUUCAACUGUUUGUUCUGUGCCUUGAAAGAGAGCAAGAAUAGAGUAUUUUUGGGUGAAGUGGAUGCUUGUCAUAGCUCUGGUUCACAUCAUGAAGGUAGCUGAGCCUGAGCAGGCCACCCACAAUCAGAGCCUGGCAUCUUCCUUCCUGAGAGUGCCCCUGGAGAGCAUAGUUUGGCAGAGCCUUACCUACUUGGUGUAGACACAACCAAGCCAGAUUGGGCCAAAGCAGAAGGCAAGCCACUGAGGAAGGAGUGGGGGGAUUAGCAUGAAAAAGAGGGGUUGCAAGUUUUUCUGUCCCCUUAAUGAGGCAGCCUUGUCUAGCCUUAAAAGCCUCAGGCCUAGCCAACGGAGCCCCCAAGGGUCGAAUGCAGUAUCCUGAGCAGGGGAUGAGGGAUGGAUGCUCAAUUCACUCAUGUGAUCUGGGCAAAUGGAGUCUAUUCCUCCAGAUAGAUUGUGCACUUUGGGCAGAUGCCCACCUCACUUCCCUUUGGAAAUGAGAAUGAGUACCUACUGAGCAGCCUCCCCACUUAGGACCUGCCCACCUUCCCGAGGCCGGCAAGGCCCCAGUCCCCACCCACAUUGCCUGCUCUUCAGGCUUCUGAGUCAGGGCUAAUCAGCCCUGCCAUCCUGCUCAUCUCCUCCCCUGCUAGCCAGGGAUGGCCACCUGUUCUAGCACCUCACUGACAGUAUUGAUUUGGCUUUUUUUUUUCUUUCUUUUUGCACUCUAGGGAAGGCCCCCGGGCCCAUAGUGAUGAAAGUGGGCCAGCCACUGAACCAAAGUGGGUUGGGCUGAGCAGCCUGGCUGCAAAUGGGCUGGGCUGGACCAACUGCUAUGUAGAAAAUGGUCUUCAGGAAGCUCUCUCCCCCAAUUUCCCUAGUGUUGCUAUAUUCCUCAGCCCACUUAACUGUCAGUUCCUGCAUGGCAUCAGUUGAUUGUAGCUUUUUCCUGAGGAGACGGGAAGAGAGAGUCCCUGAGCUAGGUCCGGUUGGGUUUUGUUUCUUUUCUUUUUUUCAGUAGGGCACUCUGGCUAGGUGGGGGGUGGGGGAGGGAGUAGGGAGGGGGGUUGGGGGGGAGGGAAGGGGCCUAUAGCCGUAACUCCAAAACACCUACCUAGGGCUCCAUCUUGAAGGCACGUCACUGCCUCCAAGAGGAGGAGGUUGGCUGGGCCUAGGAUGGAGCCUAACAGUGACAUUUCUGUGCUCUUGGGUGGGCUGGGCUGGGUGGGCGACACUUGUUUUGGGCCUCCCCAGCUGUGUACAUCUGCCAGUUUCAUUUUUCUGUUUAUAUCUGACUGUUUGACCCUAUCCAACAAAUGUCCAAAUUGUGUGUAAAAACAAAAAUAAAAUAUGUUUAACAAAAAAGAGAGAGAGAGAGAGAAGUGUUGUGAAGACACUGAGCCUUAUGAAAAUAUUUAUGGAGCUAAAUAAAAAGUCAAAAGAUA